CAAAUGUGAUCGAUAGAAUAAUAAUAAGUACAAAAUAGUGGGCAUUUACGAGGUUAAAAGCUAUCGAUAUUUUGAAAGUUUUUGGUACAAAGUGACAGUCAAUUGCACCAAAUAACUUUACUAAAACAUUUCUGAGUUUAUUGAAAUAUGUUAAAGCUAAAAUUAGAAGCUCUAGAACAUCCAGCACCUGGUAGUGUUGAUGUUAAUGAUCGAAAGGUGUUUGCAAGCACCAUACUCUGGUUAGAAGACCAAAAAAUACGGCAAUAUAAAAUUGAAGAUCGCGAGGAUCUUCGGAAAGUCGACGAGCUUGAGAUAUGGGAGCAAGCGUAUGAAAAUUACAAAUAUGACCUUAGUAUGCCACAAUUUGUUACACCAUUAGAAGAAAUUACUUGGCUAUUGGGCUACGCCAUUCGUUUGGAAUUCCUAGAUGCUCCUGAGAGUUACAAAGAUAUAAACUCGACUGAAGUUAGUAAGCAGCAGAACAAAUCAAUAGCUCCUAGCAUAAAAGCUGAGAAUUUCUUUGACAAUAUGGACUUUAGCCAUAAAGAUUUCAUUGCUGGUGUUCGCGCAUUGGCAACCAAACUGAAAAUACCACAACAUCCGAACCAUCUUAUUCUAUUGGAAGCAGUUGCACGUGUAGUACAUGAAAGACUUUCACCUUCUGCUAAAAAUCGACAGGCUAUAACUGGGACGCCUUUCCCCUUCGAAAAAGGCAAUGAUGUAGUCUCCGAUGAUUCUGCACUAGAUUAUCCAGUACGCAUUUUGCGCCUAUUACAAAUACAAAGUUUACGUGAGUUACAAACAAAAAUCAAUGAAACAAUUGUUUCUGUCCAGGAUUUAACUGCGAAUCCCAAAACAGAUACUAAACUCGGAAAAGUAGGGCGAUAAAAAUUUAAUGUACUAUAUAUCUAUGAAAAUGAAUUCGGAGUUAGAAAAUAUUAAUUGACUUCCAAAUAUAUUCAAAUUAAGUUUAUUUUUAAUAUAAUUUUUAAACUUCUCAUCGCCUAUUUUUACAUACUAAA